AUGCCACAACUACCAACCGAAAGGUAUUCCAUCCCUGUCGCCGAUAUAUAUGUGACCUGGAGACUCCUCUAUUCUUCGACAUGGAACGUCCAGCGCUACGGCCGAUUGGGUUUCGGCACCGAUCUCACUCUAUCAUUCAGCCCCGCUGGGAACACUUUCUUCAUCAACCGAAUGACACGCCCCAAACGAAUGUGGUAUCUUCAAGGCAACUUCAACCGCGAGGAUAUUCACACAUUCUUCAGUGACUAUCAGCAGCGGAUCCGGAUUCUCGGUCAGUUUGAUAAGGAGCGUUCAUUCUGGGAUUUCCAAUUCGAGAAUACAGGAGACUUGAGGGAAUUUAUUCAUACUUCUCUGAGAACUGGAGUUCGAUAUGGGUGUGCUCUACAGUCAAGAAGGUGGAGACCGCUGACUCUUCUUGGAAGGAAUGAAAUGGUCAGGAUCUUCAGGAAUGUACCUGCAAACCCUCAUGAAGCCUUGGUAGUGCCGGACGCAUAUCGGCCUUCCCUAGCACGUCAAGAUAGCGAUGAUAUGCUACGCGAGCUUGCAAAGGGGCCCAAAGCUGCGACCCAAUAUGGUUUAGAGGUCUUAUUGCAGUGCCGGGCCGUAUGCCCAGGUCAAGGAGGCCAGAGUUUGGAGCAUCUAACCAGCCCCGAAACAUUCGAAGCCAUAAGUUCGAAGACCACAGCCUCUACGGCCAACUUAGUGAUGGCGGAUAGUGAGCCUGGAGGGACACCUGAGAGCUCAGGAGGAGAGAUCCCGUUGUUAGCACCCGAACUAGUUAAUCCUAUCAAGACGGUCGUUGCGCCGUCACGAUCAGCUCAACGGCGACGUUCAGCCACCCAAACGAGCAAUCAUUCUGCGCCCGAAACUUCAAAAGCAGGACAAUCUGAAAAUCGUGGAAAUGUUAGCGUGCGAGGAUCAAACAGCGCAGAACCACUAUCUACACCCGUCGCUACAACGGAGUCAGCCGGGGACUCACUGCAUUCGACUAAAGAGCCAUUCCCAGAUACAGGAAUGGGAUGUCACACUGUGUCAGAACCCAGACAAAUGGACUCAAAUGAAGAAGAUGGUGGUAUAGAUUUUGAGGUGCCUGCUUCGCCUCUACUGGUUGCUCGGAUGUGGAGAAUCCCCUCAUCAGUGCUACCAAGUCAGCAGUCGUAUUCGCCCACAGAGACAACAUACCAUACUGCCCAGGAAGCGAUGGAAGUGGACUCAGUUGGCAACGAAAGAGCUGUCGAUGUUGGGGUAAUAACGUUACCUCAAGCUCUCGCCACGCAAAGGCCACAACCAUCACCGUCCGAAUUGUACAACCUCCUCGACUCCCAUGUAUCGCGGAUAGCAGCGCUCGAAAGGGAGUCCGAACGUCGGGAUCUUCGACUGGAUGAGGCUGUGCGAGAGAUUGAAGGACUUAAAUCCGACCUGAAGGCUUUACAGACAAACAUGGUGGAACUGAAGGCUAAAUUAGGACAUCCUUUAGACUAGACUAGUGUACCAGACGGGAUGAGAAGUGCAAAAU